UCUAUACUAUAAAAAUCUGGUUACAUUUAGAAAGUGUAAAAAACAGUAGAGCUGUGCUUACAAGAACCAAGUUAUUAUUUCAUAAUGGUGCCGCACACAAGUGGCACAAUAUAGAACGUAAAAAUGCGAAAUAACAAGAUAUUAGAAAUUUCAAACACAAAUAAAUGUAAUCGUGCAGGGACUUCAGGAAUACCUUUUUUUGUGUGUGUGAAAACUUUGCAUUCAUUUUGGGCAAAGUUCCUAUUUUUAGUGUUAACCUGAAAACCUUUUGAGGGAACUCUAUUCUUUCUAUUAUAACUUUCUAUUUCUAUCUUUCUAUUAUAACUUUGCAACUAAUUUUCACUAACUGGCAACUACAUGUCUACUAACUCUAGUAGACUGUUAGGGUAGGUGUAGGGUUAAUAAAAUAAAUUGACAUACACUUGCAAAGUUUCUGAUAGUCAGUACGUUGUGAACCUAUUAAACCAAGGCCCGCAUAAAUUAUAGAUCGCUCCGUCGUUUGAACGGACUACUUUGUAUGAACAUAACUCGCUGAAUAAAAGGCCUGUCUGGGACACAGCUGCAUAAUGUGCUCUCUCGAGGCCAGCGGGUAUCUUAUUUUGUCCAGAGAACAGUUGAAGGUUUGAGAAGGGCACGCGAGGACACAGAGACGAGACGGAGCGUCGUGGUCAAAGCCCCCCGGCAGUGAAGUGUUAGUGCGCGCAUAAAGAGCAGAGACUCGGUCGAGUGCGCACUAGAUUACACACGUCUGCAGACUAUUCCCUGGCCCUCGUCGAACCGAGACACGGUUCUGUAUUAGCGCAAACAUGUAUGUAAAACUCUGCAAUUUCGGCAAAUACAAAGAAGGCAAGACUGAACCGAAACAGCUAGAGCCGGAUUCAGAUACAUCAAUAGAUAUUCACCGGAGACUCCGCGUUUACCGCAUCGUUUCGCUGAUUCUUUUUGUCCUCUGCGUCCUGUUGCUGAUCGUGGUGCUCGUGCUGCUUCUGAGGCUGACUGGGACGCCUCCAUGUCCGGAGGUAGAGCAAACUACCAGGUCUCUACUGGAACAUGAAUGCACUCUGGGCAAAUGCCAAGAGCUUCACCAACUGCCUCAGCGUAUGUGCAGUGACUGUGGCAAGGGCUGGCUGAGGUUCGAGAAUACUUGUUACUUCCUGUCUCAAAACCGCCUCACCUGGCAGCAGAGCAGGGAGGAAUGCCAGAGGAUAGGAGGGGAUCUUGCCAUCAUUACUAAUGAACGUGUGCAGAUGUAUCUGAACAAGAAAGGGGAUUUGCACUACUGGAUUGGGCUGAAUCAUUUGGGGGCAAAUAAAUGGACAUGGAUUAACAACACUGUAUUGACAGUGAGAUAUUGGGGAGAUGUUUCUUCCCCUGGAGAGUGUGCCAUCUUGGCUGCAAAUGAACCAGCUGAACGGAGCUGGCACCCAUCUUCCUGCGAUUUAUACCUACAGUACAUCUGUCAAAAGAUGUAGAUGUCCUCAACCACACCCAUUGACAUCACAUAUAUAUCUGGAUAUCAUAUCAAUCAUAACAAGUCUUCAAGAUUAUCAUCUUUUCUCUAAAGAUCCUAGUCAGAAAUAGUGACAUUUGGUCCAUCAACACAGUUUUUUUGUACAUUUUCUGUGGAUUAUGGAGCAUUAUAGGUAGAGAAAAAGGCAGUUUUAGUAAAUAUCCCAUUUAUUUGUAUUAUAAUUGAACUAAUUUCUAACCAGAUCGAUCAUGUAUACAAAGCCUGUUUAUUUGCACUAAAUAUGGUCUAAUGGUCACACGAUCAUGUUCUGAAUUGCUUUCUCUGAAAUGUCUUUGUGUAUUGCUUAAAUAAACUUUCACCUUUAUAUUUAACAAUAAAGAGAACCACAAUGCA